CAGGCCAAAUCUUCUUAACUGGUUCCAGAGAGAGAGAAGAGAGAGAAGAGAGAGAGAGAGGAAUGGAGGAAUCCAACCCAACAUGGGAAGAUCUAAACACAGACUGCUUGGUUUUGGUGUUUCAGAGAAUUGGGUUGGAAUCACUCAUCUUGGGUGUCCCCUUUGUUUGUAAAUCAUGGUAUAGUGCUUCUCUUAAUCCUCAAUGUUGGAGAUAUCUACGUUUCCCAGCUCCCUUUGACCUCUUUAUGGUGAGAUUCAUGGAAAAUUAUCAUAUAGAAAAGCAUAAAUUAUCUGUUACUGGUUUUGUAAAGCUCUUUGUUCAUAGAAGCAGGGGAUCCAUUGCCUGGCUUGAAAUUCCUUAUUGGUGCUCUGAGUUACAGUCUUUGGAGUCUCUCUCAGAUGAGUUACAUCGGCAACAGAAAGAUCAAGACCUGAGUUCUGAGAUUUGAAUAGUGAAUACGACUGCAUUAAAAGGUGGGCUCUGGAGAUUUCAUCUUUUUGUGAUUGGUGAGGGCUUAUUGAAGAUGAAUUCAGCACCAAAUAAAUGUAGGGUCCAUGUAAUUUUGAUGAAUUUUUUUUGGUAAACGAAAAACUAUUUAUUAAAGCGAGUGUAGUUGUUGAGUUCUAUCAAUCACGGAGAGGAAUUUUGUUGAAAUUAGAACAUGUGAAUAUAUUAUUGAUCUAGUUUGUUAUGAAUGUUAAUGAAAAUUUUGAAAAUUUAAGGAUAUUAAAUGUUAGAUAUUUAGUUUU